AGUUACGGGUGACAAGGGGUCUUGUAUUUAUUUGUUUGGCGUGUUUCUAGAUUGGUUACUAAGUUAAAAUUAUAGAAAGUAAUGCCGCAGGAAGAUUGUACGUGUGAGGGACAAAAUGUAGUUUUUGGUGAUUAUGGAAAGGACGUGAUGGGAGCAGUAGGAACUGGAGAUGCUUCGGGUACAAAAGAGCCUCAGUUCCUACCUCAACCUGGCGAUGACAUAGUCAGGGCUCCAGCAGGAGAGAUGGGCCCCAUCGGGCCCUGGGCCUCAGGGUGUGUAGACUGGGGCCCCCUCGGUAACUUGACUGGCACCAGACCUGUGGUAGACAGCUACUCCAUCACCAGAUACAGUGAGGGGGAGUGGAGAAAACACAAUCAUGACAUCUUGUGUGCGGCCAGUGAAGAACAACGGAGAUCUAAUGUGACUGAGCUGAACAGCCGAGAGGCGAUGGAGAACAUCGCAGCGGCUGCAGACAAGAAGCAACACGACAACACGCUGCGGCUGGGACAAAGAGCUCACGAGGUGCUGCGGUGGAGAACUGAGCUGGAGAGAGCCAUAGAGGAUAUGAUCACAGAGAUUGACUUGUUAGAAGAACAAAGAAGACGAGCUCGUCAAGCCAAGACUGCUCUGUGUAUAGUAAAGAAUAUAGCAAAAGAAUGCCUUAGUCGCAGAGCCAAAAGGAUGGAACCUGAUUUAGUGAGAGAUGAAGCUGAGGAAGAAUUGAUCAAGGAAGCAGCCUUGGUGAAAGAAGUUGAAGAUUUGAUCGAUAGAACACUCAUCCAGAUAGAGGAACAGCAAGCAAGAAACAAAGCAAUCAAAGCUCGGAUGGAAGACGAUUGGUCGGACAAGAAGCAAACUUACCAGAUUGCAGCUAUCAACACCAACCUCACCAUCAAAUCUAGGACUAUUCUCUUGAAACCUGGGGCCACACGCUUUCCAGAAAGCCAGUCUACACCGGCAGGUUGGGAAGACAAUGUGAAGGACAUCUUACAGACAGCGCAGGAGGUGAAAGGACAGUCUUGCGAGUUGCGAGCGCUGCUGGACGGACCGAUCCUGAGCGACUGUGUGAGAGAUCUGCGCGCGCAAGCUGACCGUGUGGAGCAGGCUCUUGCACGACGUGUGCGUGAAACCGAUCUCUGCAGACAGGCGCUGGAGAACGAACUUGCAGUGGUUGUGCGAAGAAUAGCAGAGACUGAAAAGUUGAUUGGAGAGUUGAAGGCGGCCAUACGGGCAAUGGACGCUCCGAUGAAGAAGGCUCAGACUAGAUUGGACAAUCGACUGCAUCGACCUCGCACAGAGAAUUGUCGUGACAAACCUCAGUUUGGGUUGGUGGAGGAGGUGAAGACUAUAGCAGAUCAGGUGAGCUGUCUCCAGGCGAGACUGAAGGAAGCCGAAGACGCUUUAGUGAGACUCUACACUACACGAGGACAUCUUGAGCGAGAGAUACAAAUCAAACGUAACACCCUGUAUAUUGACAAAGAUCGCUGCCAAGUCACCAGAGCUCACUAUCCUUCUUCUACCGCACUGGCUGGUUACGCUUAACCUUCCAUGCUAAUAGUUAAUGGUGUGAUUUUUACACCCUAUUGUAACGAAGGAAAUUUCAAAAUUGUAGUAACACUUUUUAUAUUGACGUAACAUUUUGGUUACAUAUUGUAUCUACUGUGUUUUGUUUUAUAAUUGCACAGAAUUACUAUAGUGAAAUUUUUACUGUAAUAAAAGUAUAA